AUGAUCCGCGUCUUCACGAAGACGGUCGUGCCGGUGAUGGACAUCAUCGAGCUGCAGGGCAAGAUCGUCAUCACAGAGGAGGCGCUGAGCGCCGCGCGAGACGCCAAGGAGCGUCGACGCGCGUCACGACGUGAGCCGCGCCGGAGCGGGGCGACCAACAGCGGCACUGCGUUAGGGGAGGGCACCAGCGGCACGGACAUUGGACUUCUGUCUCUCUCCACCGGCAGCGGCAGCAGCAGCAGUUGUUGUAGUGACAGCACCAGUGACGAAGAGGAUGGCGAGUGCAGCGCUCACGCCACGGCAGGCCCCAGCGGAGACGCAGACUUUGCGAUGCGGCGGCACGGUGCUGCAGACUCACUAUGUGGGCCUGCAUCCGCGCUGCGUGGCCCGUCAUCCACAACCGGCGCUUCUCCUGCUGCUCCUCCGUCUCGAGGACCAAAUUCAUUCUUUGCUUCUCGUCGCGCCACUGUUGUGGAGGUGCCACUCGGCCACGUGGUGCAGGACCGCCUCAAUGGGCACCGCUGCACCCUCUGCAUCGACACGCUGCGGGUUCAUGGCAGUCGGUUCAGCUUCAAGCACCCGUGGCUGGUGCUGCGGGAGUGCACACCUGCUCGUAUGCGAAAGCUGCGUCGGCAGAUGGCUCGCACGCAGGUAGUGCGUGACGACACACACGCCCGGGAGUUGCUGACAGCGGGUAACGGGGAAGGUGGGGGUGUACCGGUCGCUGAGCCGGCGGAUGACGCUGCAUCAUCGUCAUCGGUAGCGCCGGAGGUGACGAUGUUAUUUUCCGAGUGGCUCCAUCAGCACCCAGACAUGCUCUCCCUCAACUCGCUUUUCCUCGAUGACUUCGAUACCGGUGAUAAGGACGACGCGCGCGCACGUGGGCCGACUGCCGCGAACCCAACCUGUGGUGUGUCGAAAUCGGCGUCUUCGGAGAGCACGCCUAGGAGUGUCAGGGCACUCAAGCGUCCUCGCGAGGCGGAGAACGACGAGGAUACCGCACUGGACUGCCGGUCGUUCUCAUCUCAUUCGCCAGCGAGCACCUCCAAUAUCUCUUCUGCAGCGACGGUCUACAAAAAUUACGAAAUUGUCGGUGUUGUGCGCAGCGCUGUCCUGUUCAACUCGAAGCCGGAACGCGUCUUUCAGUGA